AUGGCCCAGACCAAUUUAGCUUCCAAGGACGUGACUACGUUCCUCAGCUUCUUUGGCCAGCUCAGGUUUGAGGCGCUGGGCACCUCUGCAGCCCUGGAUGGCGCCAUCUGCUCGCUGUCUCUGCAUCUCAUGGGCAAGGAGCUGGGCGACGACAACCUCGUGGCCAGGAGCAGAACCGUGUAUGGGGGGUCUCUUGUAGCUCUCCAGGCGGCGUUGAGGCAUCCCAUCAAGUGGAAGGCGUCCGAGACCUUUUGCUCAGCCGUCUUGCUGUGCUUCUUCGAGCUGUUUGCGGGUACGACUUCGCCGGAUACCUGGCUGCAUCAUGCUCAAGGAAUCGCCACUCUGAUGGAGCAACGUGGUCCUGCAGCUCAUGCGCAGGGCAACGAUGCAGCUAUACUGUUUUCCUUCCGAGGCAUCCUGAUUAUGAGCUCGCUGUUCUUCCCAACCAGCGAGAAAUGCUUCCUAGCCCGCCCAGAAUGGAGAAAGGUUCUCACUGGCCCGGCGCGGUCAAUCUACUCUCCCGCAGCGCCAGACUUGACACGGCCAGUGAUCAAUUCCUUCCUGCUGUGCCUGGCAGACAUGCCCGAGGUGAUGUGGUGGGGGUAUCCCAUCCGCGAGGCCCUCCUGGCCGGCAGAGAGGUGAAUCGCAAGCGUAUACGGCAUCUCGCCGAACUCACGGCCGCGAACCAUGAGCGGUUCACCGCAUGGUACGAAGACUUCGAGAGACUCGGGGUCAUGCCGAAAGAAGUUGCCUCCGAAGAUCCCAGCUCGCCGUACCCGAUCGUGCUGGAGCACCCGGUCGGAUGGCUCGGGACGAUGCUCAUGGGCUACUGGGCCAGCAUGCUGAUUCUGCAGGAGCUCUUGAUGCGGUGCCGCUGGCCGGUGGACUUUCGGGACUCUCAGAAGCAGCUGGUGCAGAACAUUCUCCGAUCCAUCGAGACGAUGGGGAGAGGCAUCAUGGGGCCCUUUCGGCUGGGCUACUCGAUACGCAUCGUGUAUGAGUUUGCCAAUGCGGAGACGCAGCGAUGGAUCAUUACCAUGCUGGACAGGUUCUCCAAGAGAUAUGCGGCGACGGAUAAGGGGAGUUAUCCGAGUCCACGCGUGGACGCGCAAGGGUACUCGUGAAAGGACCUUUUCGAGACGGGCCUUUGGAAGGGGGAGGGGGGGGCUGCAGCCAAGCUAUUACCAGGACUUACUGUACAUGCCGGAGCCGACCGAUUGGGAUAGGGAAAAAGGGGGGAGGGGGGAGGGGAGAGUCUAGAGUGCUUUGAGUAUCAUUCUGCAUUUUCAUAUGCGUCAGGAUGCAGGUACCAUGUGAAGGGGGACAGCAGACUUUGUGCUCACCG